AUGAGCACAUAUAUGAGCAGAUUGUUUUCAAGAUCUAAUUCGAGUAUAUUCUUGCAAAGUGGUACUGCUUUGCAGUCCGAAGUUCUACGCUUAAGGGAUGAAAUGUUCUUGGUGGAUGCAGGAAUUGGGACCCCAAGAAUUUGCACUCAAGAUGAGCUUAUAGGAAACCCAAAUACCAAAUGGCCCACAAGGUUUGAAAACCGGGUUGGGUAUCUCGAUCGUGUGUCAGGUGAAACACCAGUCAAAAAGCAAAUCUUGGAGCGUUGCUUCGUCGAUAUGGUGACAGGUGAUUCUGCAAUGAAAGAGCGAGCCGCUGUUCGGUUCAAUGAUAUAGUGGGACCCACCGAUUCCGUUUCUGGUGAGCCGCUUCUCCUUCCACGAAGGUUCAGAAAAAACCAAGCUUGGACGGAGCUGACCAAGAUUUGGCGGAGAAAUUCAAAGGUCAGAGGCUUCAUAGCGGAGAAAGUCAGAGGAGGCUAUUCAGUCGCCAUUGCAGGUUACAUUGCUUUCCUGCCAACCCGUCCUAUGAUAAACAGAAGGGUUCCGAGUGACCAAUUCAUCAUUGAGAGCAUCAACCCGAAAACCAUGAAAAUUGUUGUUGUGAGAACUUGA